AUGACAAAUUUAGCUACUAGUGGACAUGUUAGUGAUUAUGAAGACAGUGAAGAUGGGUUUGAUACCCCAUAUAGUAGUGAUGGGAAUGAUUUGGGAGAAACUGUUAAGAGGAAAGGGAAAAUAUUUGUUAAGUUACAACACGAAAGGACAUUCCAAGGAAAGAGUUAUAAUGGGGACCGCAGUGGUUUUAGGAGCUUAUGUAAUGCAAAAUGGGUUGCAAAGGAGUUUAUGGAGAGAUUUAGGAGAAAUCUAGAUUAUGGAAUUGAUAAUAUGAUGAUUGAUCUACAAGAAAAGUAUGGGCUGAGUAUAUCAAAGUGGGUUUGUUAUAAGGCAAGAACCAGAGCCUUAAAGCUCAUAAGGAGGACCAUAAAGGCUCAUUAUGCUGAGGUUGGUGGAGCACUUUUGAGUGCAGUAGGCAGAGAUGGAAACAAGCAAAUGUUUCCAAUCUCUUGGUGUGUUGUGGAAGGUGAGAAGGGGCACAGUUGGAGAUUGUCUCUAGAAACGUUAUUUGAAGAUUUGAAUGUUAUAUUAAGACUUAGUUUGACUUUGGUUAGUGACCAACAAAAGGUUGUGAAUGCAACAUAUGUGGCUGCAUUCAAUAUGCACAUGGACAAAUUGAAGGAAAUAUCUGAGAAAGCACAUGAAGAUUUAAUGAAGCAGGAUCCCAAGCAUAAGUUAGAGGAUUAUAUAAAUGAAUAUUACUCUAAAGCCAAGUACCUUGAUGUCUAUCAAUAUGCCAUUGAACCUUUGAAUGGAAGUAAUAUGUGGCCUGUAAUUGAUGGUCCACAAAUUAUUGCACUUGAGUAUAGAAAAAAGCUUGGCAGACCCCGAAAAAAUGGGAAAAAGGACAAGUUUGAAGGUGAAGGUGAAGGCACUACUUAUGGUAAAGUUAGUAGGGCAGGAAUGGCAACGACCUGCCAACAUUGCCUGCAAACUGGACAUAACACAAGAGGAUGUCCAAAUAAAGACAAACCAGCAAUUGGCCACCGAAGGUAA